GGUCGCCCUGCCGCUCGAAUGUCGCCCGAACGCUAGGACAGUCCGGGACACGCUCUGCUCAGCGUUACCUCCUCCCUCUCGUUUGCAUAUCUGCCAGCCAAUGUCCCAGGCAAGACUAACCCUACGGCCACCGCCGAACAUUGAAUUCGUGCAGGGCUUCCCGGGGAUCCCACCUGGCGCACCUGACCGUCCGCAGGCAGCUGUCAAGGGGGCAAUCGAGGUGCGCGUUGCAGCUGAAGGGGUCAAGGCCAACCCUAUCAACGUAUGGCAAGCAAGAGAAGAGUAUGGGGUCCUGCAUGCUCAAGAUUUUCCCUUCUACAUUCGUAUCCCGGAGUCAAUUCCUCCCAGUAUUUCCUUGGAGAAAGGCGGUAUCAAGUAUGAGCUCAUUGCCAGCGUCUGCAUCAAAGGGAAAAAGGGACUUCUUCGCCGGGACAAGCCUACCAUCACCGCCACUUCCACCCCGGUCAUGAUUGACAAGCACGAGUUGCACUCGACAUGGCCGGUGUACCAGCAGCCCGAGACGCGUAGCCACACAGAAGGUGGAGUGACGCUCACAGUCGACCGCUCGCGCACCUGCUAUGGCCCAGGCGACCGCGUCGAGGUCUCGGCAGCAGUGAAGACGGAGGCGCUGCACACGGGCAUUCUGCGCGGCUAUGAGUUUACUUUGCGUGAGACUACCGUCUUCCGUGGGAGUACGCACUCGAAGAAGGGUGCGCCUAUUGUGAAGAACGUCCACAUUGGCGAGCAGAAAGUACCGGUGAACGUUACGCUCUACGGCGGGACGCAGCACAAAGCGUCACUCGUUGUCACGAUACCCCCUAAUCAUGCGUCUGCCACGCUGACUGCGGCACGACAUAUUGAUAUCACAUAUACCCUAUCUGUGAAGGCGCUCAUGGGCACCGGCAAGCAUGUUACGCUUGAAUUACCUGUUAUUGUCUCAAAUUGGCCGAGGGCUGUGUCUCUAGAGGCUAUGAGGCGCAUCGGCAUGGCUCCCAAUGUCUGUCUACCGGGCCAGGGAGGGACAGGGCACACCCAUCCUCCUCCGGCAUCCAGCUCGGCAGGUUCCACAACGGAAUCAAAGCCUAUCUCGUCCCCCAUUCCCAAGGUCGCCUCGAUGACGUUUGCGCGACCGUCCACCGCGUCAACGCAUCCUUACGCUACCGCCGACUCAGACACCACGAUCAGUCGUCCGUCUGCGGGUCAAUUCAAUACUGUCCCCGUUGAGAAGGCGAACGGCAGCUCGGCUGCGAGCAAGCCGGACGAGUUUGGCGUUACCCGCGCAGCAGAGCAGCCCAAGGGUGGUGGUUCCGACCGAACGUCGAGUGUCGCCUCUACCGAGCGCUCUAGCCAGUACGCCGCACAGACCAUUGGAGGCGUUCCAGGUCAUUCAGGCGGGAAUGGACGCAUUGCACCGUAUGCGAGUGAGACGACGGCGUUCGCUCGUCAGCGGGCUUCGACAGGACGGUCACAGGCACGGCUGACCAUUGCGAACCUGAACGACAAUGAGGUCGAGGAGCACGCAAAGGCGCAGAGAGCCCACUCGGCGACGGUGCAAAACACAUCCCGCUCGAAGUGGAUGACGGCAGAGGAUGAGAAGAAGCGCCUGUACGAGACGGCUGUCGCUAAAGUCGAACGUGUCCAGGGUGCUGUCGCCCGCGCCCGCAGUCCCGAUGAUUCAUUGCUCCCUCGGACGCUCGGACAGUGACUCCAGCUGCAGAUACGAAGCCAUCGACAAAGGCCAAUGGAUGGUCAACUGCGGAGGAAGAGAAAGCUAGGUUGUUCUACGAAGCUCAAGCUGCCGUCGCCAGAACGCAAGGACCGGAUGGUUCAAUGGCUGGCUCACCACCUCCUUCGUUGCAUGGCAGAAGC